GGUUCACCCUCCAAUGGCUGCCAUGGCUGGCGCAUCGCGCUGAUCCAAAGCCAGGAGCCAGGUGCUUCUCCUGGUCUCCCAUGCGAGUGCAGGGCCCAAGCACUUGGGCCAUCCUCCACUGCACUCCCGGGCCAUAGCAGAGAGCCGGACUGGAAGAGGAGCAGCCGGGACAGAAUCCGGCGCCCUAACCGGGACUAGAACCCAGUGUGCUGGCACCACAGGUGGAGGAUUAGCCUAUUGAGCCACAGUGCUGGCCUAUGGUUUCUUUCAUAGUUAUCCUCUUUAGGAUUUACUGGGUUUAUUGAAUUUAUAGAUUUAUAAACUUUACUAAAUCUGGAAAAAAAUUUUGUCCUUUUUUCCUCAAAAUUUUUAGUUUUAAUUUCUCUCUCCUCUUCUGGACUUCAAUUAAAUACAUAUGAAACCUUUAUAUAUUUUCCAGUUUUACUAUAGUAUGGUUAAAGUUCCAUUUUUAAGAAUAUAUAUUCCUUCUGUAUUCUAUAUUGUUCUGUAAGUCUCUGAGACUCUAUUUUAUUUCAAUUCUUUCUCCCUUCAGAUUGGAUCAUUUCUAUUGAUCUGUUCUCGAUUCAUGGACUUUGGCAUCUCUUAUCUCCAUUCCUUUUAUUGUUAAGAUUGAUUUAUUUAUUUGAAAGGCAGAGUUACAGAGAAAGAGAGACAGAGCAUGAGCAAGAUCUUCUAUGUGCUGGUUCACUCUCCAAAUGUCUGCAACAGCCAGGGCUGGGCCAGGCUGAUCCUAGGAGCCAGGAACUUCUUCUAGAUCUCCCAUAUGGGUAGCAGGGGCCCAAAGACUUGGGCUUCCUUCCUGCUUUCCCAGGCACAUUAGCAAGGAGCUGAAUCAGAAGUGGAGCAGCCCAGGCUUGAAUUGGUGCUGCAGGCUGCAGCUUAGUCCUCUGUUCCACAGUGCUGGCCCCUCCAUUCUUUUAUUAAGACCAGCUAAUACUUUUGUUUUAGAUAUUAUACUUUCUUAGUACUCAGAUUUCCAUUGACUCUUUUUUUCCCCCAAUUUUAAAUACAGGUUUAUUUAAGACAGUGUGUUGUCCACUUAGAUACAGUGCUUAUAAAGUGCAAUGUUAUCUUGUUUCCUUGUGCACAUGUUCCAUAUUCAAGUAUUGAGAAUGUCCAGUAAUUUACUAUAGCAGCUGAACUUUGAAACUGCCACAGAACUUGCUACAAAUGUGGGUCCUUCCAUCUUUUACUGUGUGGAACAGUGCUGUGUCUACACUGGGCUUGGCUUGAUCAGUCUCUUCACUGUGGGUGCUGAAGAAGCACCACCAGAUGGAGGAGCUCCCCGACCAGGGAAGCCCCCAGGCAUUCUUCCUGGCAUGCCUCCUGCACUCUGGUACAGCUCGGUGGUGAUGGGUUGCAGACUUUCUGCUGAUGUUCAAAUUCUUGCUUUUCUGAAGGCUGGUUCUUAUCCAGACAGUUGAUGAUUUCAUUGCAUACGCAUUGACUCUGUGUUUUCUACUUCUCUGGUAAGAUUCCCUUUCUUUUUGUUUAUUACCAAUGUGUUUUCCUUUACCAUGUUGAAUAUAUUAUGGCAGUUACUUGAAAGCUUUUUUCUGCUAAUUCCAACAUCCAUGUCAUCUCAUUUGGCUUCUAAAAAUUCAUAACAUGUUUCUGGUUUCUUAUAUGUUAAAUGACUUGGGAUCAUAUUGUGGAUAUUGUGAAUUCUUGCUGUUUAGAUCAAAAAUGCACUUUUUCUUUCUUGUACUGAGAAAUAUUUCAAAUUUCAAUUUAGCUAUUUUAGCAUCAGGCUUAGCUCUUUAUAUGUGAUUCAGGGCUCAGCAGAGAGAUAGGGAGAAUUUAAAUUCAGAAUUUAGGGCUCCCUUUCUCUGGUUCCCUGCACUCAAGGAUUGCCAGCCCCUCUCCAACAGUUGUGGUGGCUCCUGGGUCCUUCUCCAUGUUCCUCAGGUCAGAGAAACUUAGGGCUCUCCAUCAGAUUUUAGUUACCUAUGCUGUGCCGCAGCUUGAUCUGCCCUUACACCAAAGCAGUAAAACCAGGAAUCUCACGCCAUGCUGAUCCCUCCCUCCAGGUUUUGGUGCUCUUUCCCCCCAAAUCUGCCAGCUUCUGUUUAUAGUUGGGCUUUCCUAUCCAUGGGAUGCAUUCCAAGACAUUCCACAGAUGCUGGAACCUUAGGUAGCAUGAACCCCUGUGUAUACAUAUGCUAUUUUUGCAUGGUUUUUGAAAAUAAUAACUUUUGGAAGUUCUAGUUCAAAUAUCAAAAUUUCACCUAUAUAAAGUAUGUUCAGUGGUUUCUAGUAAAUGGAGAGUUGUGUAACUACCACCACUAUCUAAUUUUAGUACAUUUUAAAUUAUCCCAAAGAGAAACCCUGUACCCAUUAGUAUCAUUCCCCAUUCCAUACACUCUUGCCUCCAAUCCCAGGCAACCAUGAAUCUGCUUUCUAUCUCUUUAAAUAUGUCUAUUGUAGAAAUUAUUUACAUAUGAUAAAGUUUAAUUUAAAAUCAGACACAGUAAGAUAUCAGAAACAAUAAGAACAAAAUGGGGCCGGCGCUGGGGCUCACUUGGUUAAUCCUCCUCCUGUGGUGCCAGCAUCCCAUAUGGGCACUGGGUUCUAGUUCUGGUUGUUCCUCUUCCAGUCCAGCUCUCUGCUGUGGCCCGGGAAGGCAGUGGAGGAUGGCCUAAGUGCUUGGGUGCCUGCACCCGCGUCGGAUACCAGGAAGAAGUACCUGGCUCCUGGAUUCAGAUUGGUGUAGCUCCGGCCGUGGUGGCCAUUUGGGGGGUGAACCAACGGAAGAAAGACCUUUGUCUCUCUCUCUCUCACUGUCUAACUCUACCUAUCAAAUAAAUAAAUAGAUAAAAAGAACAAAAUGGAGCAAUUAUAAUAAUAUACUAUAAUGAAAGUUAUGUGAAUGUGUGCCCAGAUUCUCUCUGUACUGUACUGUAGUUUUGGACCAUGGUUGAUUAAAGGUAGCUGAAACCAUGGGAAAAAAAACAGGAUGGGGGGAACUAAUGUACUCUCAAGAAUCCUCAGACAGUUGCUUUAUGUGUUUGAAAGUUUUGUAUUUAAUUGACACGGUUAUACAUAUUUGUGGGAUACACUGUCAAAUUUCAAUACAUGUAUAUGAGGGUACUUCAGAAAGUUCUAGGAAAUGGAAUUGAAGAUAAGUUUGUUUUGGUGCAAGAAAUUUUGAAAUACAUGCAUAGCUUUUUCAAAAUACACAUUUUUCACGAACUUUUUAAAGAACCCUUCAUAUAUUGUGUAACGAUCAAAUAGGGUAAUUAGUGCACCUGUCAAUACAAACAUCUAUCAUUUCUUUGUGGUGAGAACAUACAAAAUCCUCUCUCUGGCUGUGCUGUAGGACACUAGAAUUUAAAUGCUUAUGGAACACUGCUGUGCUGUAGCAUAUCAGAACUUAUUCCUUCUUUCUAGUGGUAAUCUUAUACUCAUUAACCAUUCUACCCUCCUUUUGUCCAGAAGCUACAUCUAUCUCUGGAAGGGUCUGUUAUGAACUACUUAGAUAUACUGGACCCAGCUUUAGACUCUAUGUUGUAAGUUUUGCUUAAAUAUCACAUUUAUCCAAGAAUUUAGUUGAGUAAUUUGUUUAUCUCUGACUUAAGGGUUGAAUAAAUAUCUGAAGAGGUAGAUAUCGAUAAAUGUACAUUCUUUUUUUUGUAAAAAAAUGAUUUAUUUAUUUAUUUGAAAGGCAAUUACAGAGAGAGGGAAAGGGAGACAGGGAGAGAGAGAGGGAGGGAGGGAGAGGGAGAGAGCGCUUCCAUCUGCUGGUUCACUCCCCAAAUGGUUGCAUGGCCAGGGCUGUGCCAGUCUGAAGCCAGGAGUCAGAAGUUUCAUUCAGGUCUCCCAUGUGGACACAGACCCAAGAACUUGGGCUAUCUUCCCCUGCUGUCCCAGGCACAUUAGCACGGAGAUGGAUCAGAAGUAUAGCACCCAGGACAUGAACUGGUGCCCAUGUAGGACGUGAGUGUUGUAGGCAGUGGUUCAAUCCGCUGCACCAGACCCUGAAUGUACAUUCUUAUCACAUAAGCUUUACCCCUGCUCAACAUAUGGAAGGUGAUUUUUAAAAACCAUUAUAAUGGGGGCAGGCACUGUGGUGUAGCGGGUAAAGCUGUCACCCACAGUGCUGGCAUCCCAUAUGGGCACCAGUUCAAGUCCCGGCUGCUCUACUUCCAAUCUAGCUCUCUACCAAGGCCUUGGAAAAUAGAAGAUGGCCAAAGUGUUUGGGCCCCUGCACCUAUGUGGGAGACCUGGAAGAAGCUCCAGGCUCCUGGCUUUGGAUUGCCUCAGCUCCAGCUGUUGUGGCCAUUUGGGAAGUGAACAAGGAUGGAAGAUCUCUCUCUUUCUCUCUGUCUUUGCCUCUCUGUAACUCUGCCUUUCAAAUAAAUAAAUAAAUCUAAAAAACAUUAUAAUGAAUUAGUAAAUUUAAGUAAAAAUAAAUACAGGAAGUGGGCAAAAUUUCUCAGUGAACACUUAGGUAUUUAUGAGAGCCAUGUGGCAUAAAUUAAAAUAUGAGACCUUUUUAUUAAGGAAAAGAGGGAGUGCUAUGAAAAUAUUUCUUUACAGCACUAUUUCUUUACUCUGAAAUAAUAAUUUUGGAGACAAAGGAAAAGUAGAUUAAUUGGCUUAUUUAGUACUUUUUAAAGAUAUAUUUUAUUUAUUUGAAGAGAAGGAGGGAGGAGGGAGAGGGGAAGAGGGAGUUCUUCUAUCAGCUGGUUCACUCCUCAAAUGGCUGCAAUGGCCAAGGCUGGGCCAGGCUAAAGCCAGGAGCCAGGAACUCCAUCUGGGUCUCCCAUGAUGGGGGGCAGGAGCUCAAGCAUUUGGGACAUCCUCCCAGGUGUUUGAAUAGUGAGCUGGAUCAGAAGUGAAGCAACUGGGACUUGAACUGGCACUCCUGUGGGAUGCUGACAUCAUGAUGUCAGCUCCUAUUUAUCAAUUGAGGAGAUAAGUAUAAAUAAACAGAUAAAUUUGAGGGAGCACUUUGGCAUAUUUAACUGAAAUUUGGAUGUGCAUCCUUUUACCUAAGGAUAAAUACACAGACAUGUGCAUGCAUAUACUUUUGGAAAUGUACCUAAAUUUCAAUCACAGAGUAAAAAUAAAUUAUGAACUAUCCACAUAGUGAAUAUUAUGUAGUCUUUAGUGAGAAGGAAGCAGUACUAUAUGUACUGACAUGAAAGGAUGUCCAUCAUUUUUUUAAGUAAAAGUGAAAAAAGUAAAGUUACACAAUAUUGGGUAGGGUAUGGUUCCAUUUUGGUAAAGUUCCUAGGUGUGUGUAUUCAUAUAUGCAUAGGUAAAGUCUGGAGGAAUGUACAGUUAUCUGUUCAUGGUUUAGUCUAUAGGAGAAAAAGAUUUUAAAGGACUUUCACUUUUACUGAUUUUAACAUUCUGAAUUAAUUGAAUGCGGCACAAGGAACAUUUUUUUAAAUAUUAAUCACAGGAAAUCUACAGCCUGACUUUAUCAGGGCUGUUGUUACUUAAUAGGUUAUCAAAUAUCAUAAUUGAUCCUUGGAAAGAAUGACUUUUUGUUUUAACUUGAAAAUCCCCUUUAUUUCUUAAUUCCUGCUAGUUUAAGGAGGACUAAAUUUCCCUAUCCUAUGAGGCAUGGCUGUCCAAUGUAUCCUAAAUGUACAAUGACUUAUGAAACAAUAAAUUUUUCAUAUACAGCUGAGAUUUUUAAAUGAACUUAUGAUAACUGGAUAAAAGCAAUGCUAGUUCUGCUGGAGAGUACUGUAAAAACCAAUCACAGGAGACUGUGAUGAAAUUUUAAUUAUAAAGGAUAUUGAAUAUCCUAAUGUGACAACUGUUAGAGUAGAUGUAACACUGAAUUGUGAAGAGGGAAAGCGAGAUUUUUAUUCAGUGUUGCUUGAAAGCAGCUCUGUAUAGUAAAUUGUUGAACGAUUCUAUUUCAACUUUCAUAUCUUAAAGUUACCAUUGUAUUUUCUUUGGUUCACUAGAUUUAUUAGGGAAUUGGCCAAUAGAAUUAGCUAGAGAAAAGUCACAUUAAAAUAAAGUGUUAAUUGAUUUGGGAGUUUUGUGUGUAUUUUCUUUGUGUUCUGUGCUGAAAAGCUGAAGCUGGCAUUAAUCAAAGCAUAUUGUUGUAGGUGCAGUUUGAAGGAUUUUGCGGUCUUUGAGACCACUAGCUCAGAGAUACCAUAUGAAUAGAAACUACCAGAUUUUUCUUCUCAAUCCUGUCAGCCAAGUAUAGCAUGUUUCCUUUGCUUGUGAUAGAAAAAAGAAAAAAAAGAAAACACUGAGGCAAAACUGAACAAUCUAGAAGUCAUUUACAAAUAGCUUUAAGAAGAUGAACUCAGGGGCCAGCACUGUGGUAUAGCAGGUGACGCCGCUGCCUGCAGUGCCGGCAUCCCAUAUGGGUGCCGGUUCUAGUUCAGGCUGCUCCACUUCUGAUCCAGCUCUCUGCUGUGGCCUGGGAAGGCAGUGGGGAAUGGCCCGAGUCCUUGGGCCCUGCACCUGCAUGGGAGACCAGGAAGAAGCUCCUGGCUCCUGGCUCCUGGCUCCUGGCUUCAGAUCGGUACAGCUCUGGCCAUUGCAGUCAAUUGAAGGGUGAACCAGUGGAUGGAAGACCUCUCUCUCUACUUCUUCUCUCUGUGUGUAACUCUGACUUUCAUAUAAGUAAAUAAAUCUUAAAAAAAAAAAAAAAAGAUGAACUCUGAUUAGGGAAGGGUUUAAAUGCUAUUAAUUACCUCAUCAAAAUUUCCUAAGGUAUCUUUUUCUUUUUUUAAGAUUUAUUUAUUUAUUUGAAAAUCAGGCAUACACAGAGAGAGGAGAGGCAGAGAGAGAGAGAGAGAGAGAGAGAGAGAGAGAGAAAGGUCUUCCAUCUGCUGGUUCACUCCCCAGAUGGCCGCAACAGCCAGAGCUGCGCUGAUGCAAAGCCAGGAGCCAGGAACUUCUUUGGGGGUCUCCCACACGGCUGCAGGGGCCCCAGGACUUGGGCCAUUUUCUACUGCUUUCCCAGGCCAUAGCAGAGAGCUGGAUUGGAAGUGGAGCAUCUGGGUCUCAAACCGGUGCUCAAAUGGGAUGCCGGUGCCUCAGGCCAGGGCAUUAACCCGAAAAGAGACAUUUAAAACUCGUAAAACAUAUUAACAUUUUUAUCUUAUUAGGGGGAUUUAUAUUUUAUGCACCUUUUUGUGUGCUGUACACUUAACCUCUGAAGGAAUUAUAAGAGAAUCUAUUAAAGCUGGCUCCUUGGCGCUACUCCGCCUGCAGCGCUGGCAUCCCAUAUGGGUGCCGAUUCUAGUCCUGGCUGCUCCUCUUCCAAUCCAGCUCUCUGCUGUGGCCUGGGAAAGCAGUAGAAGAUGGCCCAAGUCCUUUGGCUCCUGCACCCACAUGGGAAACCAGGAAGAAGCUCCUGGCUCCUGGCUUCGGAUCGGCGCAGCUCUGGCUGUUGCGGCCAUCUGGGGAGUGAACCAGUGGAUGGAAGACCUUUCUCUCUGUCUCUCCGUCUCAUUAUCUGUAACUCUACCUCUCAAAUAAAUAAAUAAAAUCUUUCAAAAAAUAAAAAAGAGAACCUAUCACAAGGAAUACAUGAACUGUAGAGUGCUAAGGUAUCAGGAUGCUAAGGGAAUCCCAAAAAAGGCAGCAAUUACUUGAUACUCUGAAUAUAUAAAUGGAUGAUUUUAAGAGUUUACCUUUCUUAGAGGUACAUGUUUGUCUGUUUCCAAGCAGCAAACACAAUGGGCAUAGAAAGCAGAAACUGGGCCUUCAGGAUAUGAACUCAGAUCACAUCUUGGAAAACAGUUCAAAUUCAAGGUGCCUUAACAGUAUCUAAAUGAAUGCUUUGGCUGGAAUCCACUUGGGAACAAGGAUGUUUUUUAGUGCCAGAUUCUCAUCUUAUUUUAUUCUGUGGCUAAAAUCCCAAAAAUUACAGAGGAGAAAUGGCCAAACAAGGUUUUCUAUUAAAAUAAGAGGCCUUGAGUGAUGAAUGAAAACUUGGAAUGGUUUUAAUGGCAAUACUCAAAGCCAAAAGUUAGCUUAAAUACCAACUUAAAGAAUUUGGGCAUGUAUUGACUCUCAAAUGGAAUAUUGGUACUAAUUUUAGUGAAUUAAAAACAUGGUUUAAUUUAGGAAGUUGCAAUUCUUGUUCCAGAAUAGCUUAGCUGGCUGCUGGAUUGACCUGAAUACUUGCUCCCUCUUUGUCUUGAGUCAUUGAUAAAAUGUUGAAUGGGGUAAAACUGAGUGUGGAUGCCUACAAUUUCCAACUAGAAUUUCCUUCUAGGUUGAAGUAUUCCAUUAAUAAACACCCUUGAGUGAACCAACGGAAGGAAGACCUUUCUCUCUGUCUCUCCCUCUGUGUGUAACUCUACCUCUCAAAUAAAUAAAUAAAUAAAAUCUUAAAAAAAAUAAACACUCUUGGGCACUGUUAUUCAAACAGUUAUGAAAUUACCAGCCGGCGCCGCGGCUCACUAGGCUAAUCCUCCGCCUUGCGGCGCCCGCACACCGGGUUCUAGUCCCGGUCGGGGCGCCGGAUUCUGUCCCGGUUGCCCCUCUUCCAGGCCAGCUCUCUGCUGUGGCCAGGGAGUGCAGUGGAGGAUGGCCCAAGUCCUUGGGCCCUGCACCCCAUGGGAGACCAGGUGAAGCACCUGGCUCCUGCCUUCGGAUCAGCGCGGUGCGCAGCGCGCCAGCUGCGGCGGCCAUUGGAGAGUGAACCAACGGCAAAGGAAGACCUUUCUCUCUGUCUCUCUCCCUCACUAUCCACUCUGCUUGUCAAAAAAAAAAAAAUUACCUAACUCUACUGUCUAGUGAAAAAUAUAGAAUUAUAAGAUAUUUUCUAAAUAAAUAACAACCUGUAAUAUUCUAUGAUUCUUGUUAGAACAUCUUGAUUGGGUAUACAAUAGAAAAAGUAAAACCCUAAAAUAACCAGCUUGAUUUUUUUCUAUUACCAUUACACAGUCUGUCUCAAAUCGUUAGCCUUUGUUGUCACUUUUCCAGAGAUGGCUUGAAUUGCUGCUAAGCAAUUUUGAGACACCUCAGCUGAGUAUCAAUAGUAUAUUUGUUUCUUAAAAUUAGAUUUAGAGGAUCCCUCCCUGAGAACCAAUUGUUAGUGGUAAAUAUUUAGCUGAUAUAUUCUGUCUGCAGGAAGGGAGAUGUGAAAAAAGUCAGCUGUCAUUUUUACAAAAAUCUUUUAUCUUCCCUACGAAUGGGCAUUGUACCUGUGAAUGCGUUGGAAAGUAUUUUCCUUCUGGAGAUGCAUGAAGAUCAGAAUCCUGUUCCUUUUUAACAAAAUGGAGCUUUAAAAACUACUUUGGGCCACAAUUAAACAUGAGGGAUGUGCCAUUUUUUAAAUUUUUAAAUGUUAAAUUUAUUUAUUUGAGUCACAGAGAGAACUCCCAUUUGCUGGUUUACUCUUCAAAUACUCCCAGAUCUGAGGCUGGGCCAGGAACUCAAAAACAGUACUCACGUGUGGGUGAAAUGGACCCUCCUACUUGAGCAUCGCUUGGUGCCUAUCAGAGUGCACAUUAGCAGGAGGCUGGAAUCUGGCGCAGAGCUGGGACUCAAGCACACGUGAUGCGGGUGUCUCAAGCAGCAUAAACCACGGGGCCAAACAUCUGCCCUAAGGAUGCUUGUUUGUCUACUUUUUAAAAACUAAAUAACAUAGGUUCUGUGGAGCAAUCUAAAGACACAAGGUACUUCUGUGUAUUGGCAGAUACUUUUAUAGUAGUCAUCCCAAAACUUGAUCAAACUAAUAAGCAUGUUCUUUGGCCCUAAGGCCAGAGGACUGUUUGUUUUCCCAAAGGAAAAUGAUUUGUAAUGAUGUUAAUAAUGAAGAAAGGAAAAUUUAUGUGAAUUAGGAAAGUUUAUGAGUGCCAGCAUUUUUCCUGUAGGCUUAAUUCUGUUGUGUUGUGAUUGGUUUUGUUCUUUUGCCCAGUGAUCUCAUCAUGGAUGCAUUUCACAAAUAUAAUUAAGAAACACAAUUGAGGAAUACUAUUUCGAAAUCCUUGUCUAGCAUAGGAGUAAAAGUACUGUAUCCUGUCUUUUCAUGGUUCUUCUUGCAUCAGGUCCCUUUGUUUUGAGCAAGGAGUAUCUUUAUAAUUUAUAAUUUUAAUAUGAAAUAGAGUGAUAACAUACUACUUUUGGGCACAGUCUUUCUUAGGGUCCAGCAACUUUAUUAGUGGCAUUCAGUUCUCCAAGUUUGAAAUGUUUCAUUUCAAAUUUUCAUUGGACAAUUUUAAAUGAAAAAAUCUGUAGGGAAACCAUUGCAGGUUCUUGAUUCCUUUGCCCAUAAGACAUGCUCUGUGUACAGCAAUGAGGGAAUGCCUGAGUUGUAGCAGCUGUUCAUGCAUUUGCUAAAAAUAGGAGUUGGAGAAAAUGAAGCAACUAACAGUUACUUAUUGAGAGUCUCUAAGAUUUCCUACACUGUGAAGGAGACACAGAAAUACAUGACAUGGCUCCUGUUAGGUUCUCAUAAUGAAAGAGAUAACAUUAAAGUAUUUAGAUGAAUAAAAGAAUGACAUAUAUCUCAGGGCUGGCGCUGUGGCACAGCAGGUUAAAGCCCCAGCCUGCAGUGCUGGCAUGCCAUAUGGGCACCAGUUCUAGUCCUGCCUGCUCCACUUCUGAUGCAGCUCUUUACUAUGGCCUGGGAAGGCAUGGAAGAAGACCCAGGUCCUUGGGCCCCUGCACACAAGUGGGAGACCCAGAGGAAGCUCUUGGCUCCUGGCUUCCCAUUGGCUCAACUCUGGCCUUGUGGCCAUUUGGAGAGUGAACCAACAGAUGAAAGAUCUGUCUCUGUGUCUCUACCUCUCUCUGUAACUCUUUCAAAUAAAUAAAAUCUUAAAAAAAUGACAGCAUUCAGAGAUGUGCUGCAGACUGUGAAAGUGUUUAAAAUAGACUCUGUUUCAUGGAUUAGGUGGGUUUUGAUCUGGGCCCUGAAAAUGUACAAGUAUAUAAGGCUUAGAAGGGGGUGGGUGGGAAGAAACUAUUUCUGCUCAGAAUUGCACAAAUGAAUUUACAAAAUUUAGUUCUGUUCAAAAAAACAUUAAUUGAGCAUCUCUGUGCCAAGCUCUAUACUGAGUGGUGGAGAUUACAGUAUAUAAAGGAACUACCCUGUACUCGGUUGCAAAAGUAUUUCUGUAUGUCCUAAAAAUGUGAAUCUCUUGUGAAGACACACAUCCUUUAAAGGAAAUCUUAUGACAGAAGUCUGUUUCUCUUGGUGAUAUAAAAAGGGGUUGGUUUUUUGUUUUUGUCUUGUUUUCAAAAUAUAGGCUAAAUUCUAGAGCUAAAUGAGAAAGCUUAACUUUGGUGCACUUUCAUCUUCCCCAUCAUCACAGGUUUCUUAUCUGGCAUCAUUAUAGAUGCAUGUCUGUGUUUGAUACUGAGGGGCCAUGCUAUAUAGAGACUGUCAACUAAGGUGUUACCUGGUAAUAAUAAACUGCUGCAUUUAACAGCGACAGUCACUGUACAAAUCGCUUGACAUAUAUUAUCUCAUGUAAUCGCAAUAGAUAUCACUCAAUAUUGUUUUCCCCAAUUAAGCCAAGCAGACUGAAGCUAAGCACAGCCACACACUGGCAGAGGUUUGCCUGACUCCAGGUUCUGUGUUCUUAGUAACUGUUCUGUUCUGCUUUCUAAUUGCUCAUUCUUGAAGGUCCAAGGGAAGGAAUGCAUAGUGGUGUGGGUGAGGCAUAAGCAUUAAUAUUUGCAGAACAGGCACUUACCAACAGUUGGAACAAUCACAUUCCAACAACUGGCAAGGUUGGCAGGAGCCUCAGUAGAGUAGUGUGGGGAGCUAAGUCAUCCUAGUGCCAAAUGCAGAGUACACUAUCUCUUUAAUACGCUCUCUUUGAAAAGGAGGGUGACUGUGUUGGCCCUGUGUUUCCCUUCCUAAUCUAAUUACUUGAGAGAGUAAACACUAGUUGGAGCUUCCGAUCUUAAAACAUCAAAAUGGACAACCUGGCAGGUGUCCUUGCUGGAAGAUGACAAGAUUGCUGAAAGACAGGUCCUGCUUUUUUCCCAAGACGUGACACUCGGGGACUUCCAUUACAAACAUCACUGAGCCUCUGUCACUCUAAUCUCUUCUGUAAGUGCCUGUGAUUUUUUUCAGGGGCACAGGGCCACGCAUGGUCAAUACCCAGUGGCCAGGUUUCUGAGCCGUGGGCAGAGGUGGCAGCGACUGGGAGGGCUGGGAGGCAAUGUGGGAAAGGAAGGUCACUUUUCCUGACAACUUAUAACUUGAUUCCACUUAUAAGCCAUUUGUUUUCAGAAAUAAGUAAUGGGUGAGGACAUAGGCCAGGCCUACAAUUUGUGCACUUGGGAGAUUAAGGCUCUGUGAGAUCAAAUUACCACGGCAAACAGAGACAGAGUUGCAGUGGGGAUGUUCAGGGAGGGUACAGACUGGGAAAAGCCAGAGUCCAGAGAAAGGAGGCAGGAAUAGAUUCUGAUGGAAAUUGCUUCCCACUCUGCAUCCUUGAGGGAACAAAGAGGACAAAUGAGCAGCAGCGGUGAUAGGAAGAAGCUGGGAGUUUUCUCUGGGUUAGAUUGGUUAGGGCGGGCAGACUUGGUAGUGAGUGCACUUAGCGGGUAGAAGGCAGGGGUACGCUAGGUCAGGCCUUUGAAAUCUAGGUGUUAGGAUUAAGACCUUGGCUCCCUCAGCUGUUCCUCGAGGAGGGAGGCAUGUCAAGUGUCAGGUCUUACUCUGGCUUUUUUCCAGUCCAGAGCUAGAAAAUGACCCACAGAGGGAGAUCUGAGAAGGCUAAAGGAUGCUGGGAGAUGAGGAAGAGAAAGGACAUUUUGGUGGGUGCUUUUGGCACGUGGAGCAAUAGAUGAAAACCUCUGUGGAAGACGAGAGAGAAGGCCUGGGAAGAAUGACACAGCAUGGAAAGACUUCCCUCUGCAUUCUCUGCUGAAGAGACUGCUGUGUGUUGCCUCUGCAGCAACACAAGGGAAGUCUUGGGGGCACAGAGAGGCAGAAGUCUGUAGGAGCCCUGUAUUUAUAGAAGAUGAGCUGCAGCCACUGAAAUAACUGGCAAUUGUAAAAAUAAAGCCCAGCCUCCCACGUUUUGCUUAAUAACAGAUUUUUUUUUUAAACUGCAAUGCAUUAAUGGAGUUGGAGUUCCAGCCUGGCUUGGGGGAUCAAGACUAACUCUUGAUUUCAUGGUUUUGCAGGCUCUUGAAAACAUUGUCAUUCAUUAAAGAAAAAAAUUAAAUCACUCUUGAAAGAAAAAGAUUUGAAGUAAGAUUAGGAAAAGGAUAGACUCUCUUAGAAUUUUUAUCAGGCUUUCCCCUAUUGUGAUCAAAACGGGUCAAGUAAGAUCCCUGUGCCGGCAGCUUCAUGGAGCCAAUUUUAAAAAGAGCAUUGUAAACACCGAAACGCUGGUGAUUUGCCAGGGCACACACGGAAAGGCUGGAUGUUGGAUCCCAGGCUUGCGCUUGCCACCCCCCACAUCCCCACUCCUCCCCCUUUGCCUAGGAGUUUAACACUUUCUGGAGUACUUCAGAGUGUUCCAGGGCAGGUCCUCCGCACCUGCAGAGCCCUUGCUUGCGAUUGUUUCCUUUGAAUGUUGGAGCUGUCGCCCAGGUGCCGGUACUUAACUGGGGCCCCUCCGUUUAUUUUUCUGGAUUGCGCUUGAAAAUUGUUUUCCUGGGAAGCUGAGAGCUGGAGUUCUAGGGACUUUACUGCUUUCCCCCACACUAAUCUCCUUACAAGACCCGUUAGGCAGGCGCGAGACCGUGGAGACUGGAUGAGCAGUGCGUUGGGGGCAGGGAGGAAGGGAGUGGCCGAGUUCCUGCGGUCGGCUGCUGGGAGCCGGCGGGUCCCGGCUGGGGAGGGGCCUGGAGCGGCUGGAGCGGCUGAGCAGUUCGGGGUCGCCGUCUGCCACCUGGGUGCGGAAUCCACGCAGGACUUGCUCAGCGCUCCCCCCGCCCCCUCCUCCUCCCCUCCUGCUUCCUUUUCCCUCCCUCUGGAGCAGCUACGGCUGCAGCCGCAGGAAGCCGAGCGGGGCUGAGCGGCUCCGACGCGAGCAGAGGCGCGGAGAUGUGGGGGAGUCAACGCAGGCGGCGGGGCCAGGAGCCCUUGGGAGGCCCGACGAGGGGAGCGGCCCCCGGCGUUUGCUAGCGCGUGAGCCGUGGGGGAGCGGCGCAGGGUGGCACGAGCGGAGGCGGAGGCGGGGCCCGGGCGCGGAGCACGGCUGGGGACGCUGCUGCCUCCGGCCCUGCCCCGCUGCCUCCGGCGCGGCCGGUGGCUAUGGAGCAGGCGGGCACCAGACGUGGGGCCACAGAGCGUCCACGAUCCCGGGGGCCCAUGCCCUGGCUGCUGCUGCUGCCUUUCCUGAUGCUGCUGCUGCUCCCACUGCCGGGCCCAGCGGCCUCCCAGCUACGAUACUCGGUGCCGGAGGAGCAGGCUCCCGGCGCGCUCGUGGGCAACGUGGCUAGCGCGCUGGGGCUGGAGCUGCGGCGUCUGGGGCCCGGCUGCCUGCGCAUCAACCAUUUGGGGGCACCCAGCCCGCGCUACCUGGAGCUGGACCUGGCGAGUGGAGCGCUCUUCGUCAACGAGCGCAUAGAUCGGGAGGCGCUGUGCGAGCAGCGGCCUCGCUGCCUGCUCAGCUUGGAAGUGCUGGCGCACAACCCCGUGGCGGUGAGCGCCGUGGAGGUGGAGGUACUGGACAUCAACGACAACUCGCCGCGUUUCCCGCGGCCCGACUACCAGCUUCAGGUAAGCGAAUCGGUGGCUCCCGGAGCGCGCUUUCACAUAGAGAGCGCGCAGGACCCCGACGUGGGCGCCAACUCGGUGCAGACCUACGAGCUCAGCCCCAGCGAGCACUUCGAGCUGGACCUUAAGCCCCUGCAGGAGAACAGCAAGGUGCUGGAGCUGGUGCUGCGGAAGGGCCUAGACCGCGAGCAGGCAGCUUUGCACCACCUGGUUCUCACAGCCGUGGACGGGGGCAGCCCGGCUCGCUCCGGCACAGCCCAGAUCUCUGUGCGUGUCCUGGACACGAAUGACAACUCUCCCGCCUUCGACCAGACCACUUACCGCGUCCAGCUGCGGGAGGACGCGCCCCCAGGCACACUGGUGGUGAAGCUGAACGCCUCAGACCCGGACGAGGGCUCCAAUGGCGAGCUCAGCUACUCCCUGAGCAGCUACACGUCAGACCGGGAGAGGCAGCUCUUCAGUAUCGACGCCAGCACCGGGGAAGUGCGAGUAAUCGGGGCGCUGGAUUACGAGGAGGCCUCCUCCUACCAAAUCUAUGUGCAGGCAACCGACCGGGGUCCAGUGCCCAUGGAGGGUCACUGCAAGGUGCUGGUGGACAUCGUGGACGUGAAUGACAAUGCCCCGGAGGUGGUGCUCAGGGAUCUCUACAGCCCGGUGUCCGAGAAUGCUACACCCAACACCCUUGUGGCCCUUCUCAGUGUCAACGACCAAGACUCCGGCUUGAAUCAGAAGGUGAGCUUGGGCAUGGAGGCCACUCUGCCUUUCCGACUGAGCGGCUUUGGCAACCCCUACACGCUGGUGGUGAGCGGCCCCCUGGACCGGGAGCGGGUGGCCGCCUACAACAUCACGGUGACCGCCACUGACGGGGGAAUACCACCGCUCACGUCCCAGCGGACCUUGCAGGUGGAGAUCUCUGAUGUCAACGACAAUCCGCCGAGCUUCCUGGAGGACUCCUAUGCCAUCUACAUCCAGGAGAACAACUUGCCAGGUGUCCUGAUGUGCACGGUACAGGCCACAGACCCUGAUGAAAAAGAGAAUGCGGAGGUGACCUACUCUCUCCUGGAGAGGGAGAUUCAAGGGCUGCCAGUCACCUCCUAUGUCUCCAUUAACAGUGCCAGUGGCAGCUUGUAUGCCGUGAACUCCUUUGACUAUGAGAAGUUUCGGGAGUUCUUUGUGACGGUGGAGGCCCAGGACAAGGGGGUCCCAUCGCUGAGCAGCACUGUGACCGCCAAUGUGUAUGUGGUGGACGUGAAUGACCACGCCCCUCACAUCCUGUACCCUACCUCAACCAAUUUGUCUGCAGCCAUUGAGAUGGUGCCUCGAACUGCCCCUGCUGGCUACCUGGUCACGAAAGUUAUAGCCAUGGACUCGGACUCUGGGCAGAAUGCAUGGCUCUUUUACCAUCUAGUCCAGACUUCUGACCUGGACCUCUUUAAGGUGGAGCUGCACACAGGAGAAAUCAGGACUACCAGGAAGAUGGGAGAUGAGAGUGGCACCACCUUCAACCUGACCGUGGUGGUCCGAGACAAUGGGGAGCCAAGGCUGUCAUCCUCUGUCGCCAUUACAGUGGCCGUGGUGGACAGGGUUUCUAAAAUCUUCCCCGACACGCAAAGACACGUGAAGAGCCCUCGGACAUACUCUGAAAUUACACUUUAUCUGAUAAUUGCAUUAAGCACAGUGUCUUUUGUAUUUCUUUUGACAAUCAUUGUUUUGAGUAUCAUCAAGUGCUACCGCUACACUGCGUACGGCACUGCUUGCUGUGGAGGAUUCUGCGGCGUGAGAGAGCGGUGCCCUGCGGAACUCUACAAGCAGGCCAACAACAACAUUGAUGCCAGGCUACCCCAUGGCCUCAAAGUGCAGCCUCACUUCAUUGAGGUUCGAGGGAAUGGCUCCCUCACCAAGACUUACUGCUACAAGGCCUGUCUGACAGCAGGCUCAGGGAGUGACACGUUCAUGUUUUACAACACAGGCGCCCAGACAGGACCAGGGCCUGGGGGGGCCCAAGCGGCAGUGACAGACAGCAGGCACCUCACAGGCCAAAGUGGGCAGAGUGCUGGGAACCUGAUUAUUCUCAAAAAUGAGGCUGUUUCUCAAAAUGAGCCUCGGCAGCCGAACCCUGACUGGCGUUACUCAGCCUCCCUGAGAGCAGGCAUGCACAGCUCUGUGCACCUGGAGGAGGCCGGCAUUCUACGGGCUGGUCCAGGAGGGCCUGAUCAGCAGUGGCCAACCGUCUCCAGUGCGACACCAGAACCAGAGGCGGGAGAGGUGUCCCCUCCGGUCGGCGCUGGUGUCAACAGCAACAGCUGGACCUUCAAGUACGGACCAGGCAACCCUAAGCAGUCCGGUCCCGAACCUAAAAAGCAGACCCAAGUUUCCUUUCUCCUCCGCCGCAAAGGAGAGGCUUCCCAGCCCCGCCAGUGAGAGGUUGGACUCUCUGCCCUGUGCUCCGGGGAUCCUGUCUUGAUGACACUCGCAGGGCAGGUUGCAAGGUUUUGAGGUUGAGCAGCUUGGGUGUCUGUGGCCACUGGGUAUGUGUGACCCCUGUGGGCAUGUGAGUGCCAGACACGGGCUGGGAUGGGCCGGACAAGCCUAGUGGGGACAAGAAGGGCUGGGAAGUAAAGGCAGACAGACAGCAGGAGUCACCAGUUUGGAGGGGAAACGUGAAAGUGAAAAGGACCAGACUUUCUAAACCUUACGACUCAAGAGGUGGCGGCCACCGUCUUGUGGACAAAACUACCCUCAGUGACAAGGCUUUAGGGGCUCCUAAAGUCUGUUGGCUGUGGGUCAUCAAUCAUGAACCCUGCAUUAGACCACAAGCCAGUAGUGCAGUGUCUCACAGAGGGCUAGCCAGGGCAGCAGAAGCAGACCUGCCGUGUUUCCUGUAUAUGUCCUUGUGCUCACUUUACUCAGAAUUCUUUUGCACACAAUGUUUAUGAAAAGGCCAAGUCCUUUUCUGACAACACAUAUGCAAAAGCAAAAGAAGAAAGAAAACCCCAACACCUCACUUUAUGCUGUUUGUUGUUUGAUAGAUUUAUUUAAAAAAGAGAAAGUCUAUUGCUAUAGAUCUUUAAAAGAGAAAUAUGAUGAAUACAUUCCCCCUAUACUCCCCUCAAAAAGAGAAUUCAGCCAUUUAAAUGAUCGUUGCUGCUACAGAAGUGCUUUAAGAGAAUUGCCUGAAACAUCUGUAUUAUACCGGCCACCUGCCAAUCACAGCUUUACUCUUUCAGGUCACUCUGGGGGCUGCCUCUUGCAUGUAUUAAUUACUAAAUAAAAAGAUCUUUCUCUCUCUUUUCUAAGAAACAAUUAUGUGCACUUUGAAUACACAACCUUCUCUAACCAACUAUAUCGAGACCCAGAAAUUGAAGGAAAAUGUUCUUUUCUCAUACAUACAGUGAGCAGAUUUUUCAAUUCUCUGAUUCUGUGACUUGUCUUGGUGUGCUAGCCUUACACCUUCUCUUUGGUUUAGUUACCCUUUUCUAGAACACUCUGAAUUGCUAAUCUUACUAACACCUAUGAUGUUACCUGAAAUCAAUCUCCCAUAUGUAUGCUGUAUGCUAAUAUAAGACUCCUGAAAUAUUCUUAACUCUGUGCUUGUGUAUGUGAAUGUUAAUGCAACUAUUACCUAGAGUGAACUUUAAGCUUUAUUGUUGAAUGUAACUCCAUUAUAUUUCCUUUUGUACACCUGUGAAAAAGUGGAGUAGUGUUUUUUUAACCAUUGUUAAUCAGCUUUUGUGUAUAAAAGACACAGUAAAAUUUCUUUCUUAAAUCAA